AUGGGGCCACCGAUGCCUUCGUCGAAUUCUGGGCCAUCAACUCAGACGAGUCAUACGGUGACAGACCAAGCAGAAAUGGCUACGGAGGAACAAGUUGCAAAAGCAAAUGAGGAUAUACCCUCAAGCGUCCAGAGCGUGGAUACAGUUAAAUCUAGUGAUGAGGCGCUUAUAGAAGAUUUGGAAGUGGAACUUCUGGAGGCCAUUGGAAACCGAGUGGCGGCAGAAAGGGUACUGGCACCAGCCAUUCCAAGAACAAAAGAUGAUAACGGAGAUCACAAAAUAUCAACUUCCCAAGUUGCCUUAAUAAAGAAACUUAGCGAGGCUGCGCGCUUAAUGGCCGACGUACAGAGAGAUGAGUCGUUGACUCGUAGAAGUCUAGUUCUAACUGCUAUUAGUAGUUCGCAAAAAGAAACGCUAGAAUCUUCAGUGUCUGACGAAUGGCUGUUUGGCACAAAACUGGGAGAUCGGAUUAGAGCAGCCAAGACGAUUGAAAAAUCUGGCAAGGAUCUGAAAACGAAGCCUAAAGUCACUGCGAGGACAAAAAACUUCAAGGCCCCGCCUCGACGCCAGCCCUUCAGGACCAUGACAUCAGGCGGGUACCGAAACAAACCCUACCAGAACCAGUUUGGCAGGAAGAAUUGGUCCAUCCAGAAUGCGAGCAAUCGCAACAGCUUCCAAUCGCAGCAGACGGAGAAAACCCCACAGAAAAAGACUUAGUUUUAACAGAGGUAAAUACC